CAGGAAGAAGCUUUCUACCUCCAGACGUGCAAAUUUUCAGGUAUGGAAUGCAAGGCCCAAUACGCUUGUGCACACUUUUUGAAUUACUAAAUUUAUAAUUUGGCUUGUUGUUAAUGUCAGAGAAUGAGUUGUUUAACUAGUUAAUGAGACAAUAGGUGAAUGACCCAAACAAUGUCCCUUGCCUUAAAAAAUAAUAUUAGCCAGUACGUUUUCAAAGGCCAAUCAAUGUUGAAGUUUUUGGGAGAUUCAUGGCUUUAGAAUAAUUUCCACCCUCCCACACCAUUGAACAUUAGUUUUAUCUUCUAAAACCCUUGCUGUCUUUGAAAUAUUUUGCUAUUCAUCAUUUUUAACACAUAUCUUGAUUACAAGGCAUCAGGUAAGGCAAGGUUUAUUUUGAAGCCUUUAGAUUAUAGUGGUACGUUACUCCUUGAAUAGUGGUAUAAUAUUAUUGUUUCAAAUCAGAUUCUUUUUUCUACUGUGUGAAGUGAUAAAAAAAUUAAUUAUGUUUCUCGCAUAUUUAGGCAAAAUUAAUUUUGAAGCUUUGAGAUUUAAGUUGUAUGUGACUCUUCAGUGGUAUUUCAUUUAAAAGUAGUUAGUUAAAAAUCCUUUGGGCCUGAUUGGCUUGUUCUUAAAUGCAGAAUUGUGAGAUUACUGAUUUAGUAUCUGUCUGUCUUGCUACCAGUUACUUAGAUUGAUUGAUGUAGACCAGUAUGGCCCUGAGCAACAUAUACAAGCCAGAAACAAACAAGUUCUCUCAUCUUGCAAGUGAUGAAGAUGAUGAUUCAGAUGAUCUUGAUGAUGAAAUUGAUGACAGCUAUGGGCUGCACAGUCCUACAAGAAAUGUCCAGAAACCAUUAAUGGUGCCUAACAGGACCACUAAAAUAAGAAGAGCGCAUUCAAAACCUUGGUGUACAGCUAGAGCUGGCUUAAUCUGCUUCCUUUGGCUUGCGUUUUUUACAAUAUGUUCAGCAGGACUUGUUCUUCUUAUACUACGUGCAAUUGAUUCACUGGGCUCAAAGAAAAAUGCUUCACAUUUACAGCCUCAUUUUGACAAAAAACUCAGUUUAAAUAAACAAAGUAUUUUAGAUGACGAGAACAACUUUGCUUCCUGUGACGAAGUUUCUGCAACAAAGGUGUGGCAUUCCUCAUUUCCAAAACUAAUGACAGAAACAGCCGUGCGUCCUAAUGACGUAAAUCAAGAUGGUAUCGAUGACCUUAUGGUCGGUUUCUCAACUGGUGUAGAUGGCUACAAUGCACCCAAAAUCUCUUGUGACUUGUACUUCAAUGGGACAUACCCUUGCUAUGGAGGGCUUCUGGCCCUUGAUGGUAAAACUGGUCAAGAGAUUUGGAGGCACUAUACAAUGCAUGAAAUAUAUGGCGUGAACUGCAAUGGGGAUUUAGACACUGAUGGUGUCCGAGAUUGUUUAGUCUCUGGAAGAGGAGGAGUGUUUGAAGUUGUCAGCGGAAAGACUGGUAACAUGAUUUGGGGGUUUGGACCACAAGAAUCCCGAGACACUAACAUGAAUUUGUAUACAGGGCAGUUUAUCAGAGACUUGAACAGUGAUGGUGCAAUGGAAGUGUUGGUUACUCAUGGUGGGGAUCCUAUGGCGUGAGUAUUUUACUUGUGUAAUAAAAAAAUUUUCUCUUUGGCUUUUGAACCGUGGGACAGUGUCCUACACGAUUUCAUAAUAAUUAAAAUGAUGGAAUUGAAAGAACUGUCUUCCCAAAAUAUUGUUGCAGUGCAAUUCAAGCAACAUUGAGGCAGUCUGAGAGUGUGUUUCUCUACUAAAAUCAAGUAUGCGGGGAAAAAAACAGCUAGGGAUUUCUUUUAGUGCGAAGUAGCCAGGGGCCACAUUCAUACUAGCCAGGGGAAAUCCGUGGCCCCUGCCUCUCAAUGACAGCCCUGCAUUUUAACAAAGCUCCCAAUAACAAGCUUCUAAAGCCCUUGUCCUUUAUUCAGUGACCCCGGCAGUCCUCAGCGCCUGGUAGGACGUAUUUUGAUUUUCUCUGGAAAGACCGGUGAAGUGCUGACAUGGGUAAGGACCCCAGAUGAAAGAGAGACCUACUUCUCACCAGUUAUAUACACCAAGAAAGACGGCAUUGAACUUGUUCUGUUUGGGACUGGAGGAGAAACUCACCCAGGUGGAUUAUGGGUUGUUUCUCUGCUUGAUCUGUUUAAUGGCCUGAUAGAGAGAGCUAAGCUUAUUUACAAAGAUGAUUUUAAAGGUACAGUACCUUACAAUUUGUGUUAUUGUCAGUAGUAUUUAUGCCUCUUAUUAUUCAAGGUUGCUUGCAGGUAAUCAGUUGAUGGUGGAGGGGAGGUGGGGGGCGGGGGGGGGAUGAGAAACUGCCAUGUUGACACUUUCUCUGUUAUUCCAAUGGACAGAUUAAGUCUCACCUAAAAGCCUUCCUGGCUUCUUGAGACUGCCUUCCCUAUUAUACUUAUUUAUUUUUAGCUAGUAAAUUAAAGUGUGUAACAAAGGCAAGUCAUAGUCACAAUAAAAGAUAACAAAUAAGCAAAUAAAAUAUAAUGAUUUGGAGGUAGCGCACCCACAAAGUGGUUCUUUGUCUACCUGAUUCCUGGUCAAAUUGGAAUUUGGAAAUGUUGGAGAGGGGAAAACCAACAACAAACUCAACUCACAUAUGGCUUGAAAUGAUAAAUUAGGUCUCCAUCUCAGCUUUUGCACAAGUCUUAAGUAGUGGAUUUCUUAGGUUCAGAGCUUGUGGCCCUCUAAAUUUUUUAGAACACAGCCUUGGUUGUCUGAGUUUUGCAGUAAUUUUUAAUCAUUUUCUUUUCUAUUUGUCAUUGUAGGGGUGAUGAAUCCACCUGCUCUUGUGGAUUUAAACAAGGAUGGAACUGUUGACAUUGUUAUGGCAAUGUAUAACACAACUGUCGUUGCUUUUGAUGGUGAAACCCAUGAAAGACUAUGGGAUUUUGUUUUUCCAUCAAGUGAAAGUUACUCGUAAGUUUAUGCUUUUGGUCAUUUUGACCAGAUCUCUGUCAUUUUUGUUCUGAUGUAAUUAUUACAUGGGUUCCUUCAUAUAACAAACACCUAUAUAACAUGGUAUAUCUAUGGGAUAUUCUUUGCCCUAGUUACAGUAAAGUAUGCAGAAAAGGACUAUGAUAUAACGAGGCCUUGUGAUAGUUCACUUAUUUUCCCUUCUCCUUGGUCCUUUGUUACAUCAAGUUUCCACUGCUGUAAUCUUAUUGUUCAAGUUCAAGAACAAGUUUUCUUCAAAUUUGAAACUUUGCUGCACAUGAUUUUGUUUCCAAAGUAUCAUACAUUGUUAACCCUUUCUCACUUGUAAAUUAUUAUUAUCAUAAUUGUUGUUGUCGUCAUUGUUGUCGUCAUCAUCUUUUGACAGCUGAGUGGGCAACCACCCCUAGAAUUGUUACAUCUGAUCAAAUGAGGCUUCUUCAAAGAAAAGCACCUCUGCCAUUUCCUCAAAUAAGUAUCUCCCCAAUAAACGAGAAGUCCAAUGGCAACUUCUCAUUUUUUGGUUCUUAAUAUUUUAGCUGAUUAGAUCUCUUUUCUAGAGAUCCAACGUUUAUAACCAGCGGGAUCUUCAUCCACAGUUUUUGCAGUUAAUUUAAUUCCUUUACCUCCCCAAUACUACCAGGUAAAAAAGAGAUGACGUACCCCUGGUUUCGGACCCUGCCCUGACCCAAGCUCAACUCCAUGUCUCUGCUGUUACAAAAUCAUUGCAAAUUAUUGGUCUUUUGGUAAAUUAAUACUCAGUUUUGUGCUACUUUGAUGCUUAUUACAGGAUUUAAAAGCCCUCCAUUGGUCUUACUUCGAAUUCAGGGUGGCAGUGUUUGAGUCAUUUAAUUAUGGAGUCUUUGUGCUUAUUAGUGAAACCUGUCAGCUAUCUGUAGCUGUGGUCCAUGUUACUUUUAUUUUUCUUUGCAUUAUUGAUUUGUAUUUUUAUCGUAUUUAAUUUUAGAAUUCCAGCUGCUGGCUUCUACAACAAAGAUGAUAUUCCUGACUUCCUUGUUAGGUACAAUGCAGGCAUAGGGUUCCCAGUGUAUUUCUAUUCCAAUGUAAGUUGGCUAGCGUCAGUUAAAAAAAUCAUUAUGGUAACUUUCUUGCUUUCCGUUAUUUUGAAGCCAUUAUUACCAGCCAUUGCAUCAUUGCAUUUUUUGCUGAUAUUCACCAUUGGGACUUAGAGGGUUAAUAAUUGAUUGACAGGUGACAGUGCUGGAUGGGAAAUCAGGCAAGCCUUUGGUCGUACCUUUUGUCAAAUCUUCAUCAAUGGCCAACACAUCACCGCUAAGUGUCAGCAUGCAGGGAGUGGGUAAUGACCUUUUCAUUUACUGGGUGUCUGACUGCAUUGGCCAUGAAGGAGAAGGGGGAACAUUCAAAUUUGUUGAAGGCACUAAUGUACAUGAGCAGAGUCGUGCUGACACUUGUAAGCUGAGGUACAAUGCUAAGAGCUUCAGUAAGCUUCGUGUGAUGAAUAAGAACAUUGGCUUUCCUGGCAAUGAUAUAUACUAUUCAGGUGAGAUCAUCUUUGUAGGCCUUUAAGUUGCCUAGUCCCUAGGCCUCAUUCUUCCGCGCGGGCAAUGCUUUUCGGGUCACAUGAUCGGAGCGAGUUCUCCGUUGGUCUCGGAUAGAUCACCGAAAUGCAUUGACCGCGAGGGCCUGGGAAGUUGCGGCGUCAAAAAGCAAUAGGUUUAGUCAAGAGCCACAAUGGGAUUAUGGCUCUUGUUUUAGUUCGCAAAACAACAACUCUGUACGUGCAUCACGCCUUUUAGUACAUUUCUUUGCCGUCCCAGCAAGACUACGACGUGAAAUGACCAAAUUUAAGUUUUUUUGAAGACGGAAACGGCGAGGCGAUAAAUUCUACCCUCUCUGUCUGAACUCGGGCGUGGCCUCCUCUCUUCAGCUCCAGCAUAAGUUCUCUUCUUUUAAGUAACUGGGUGACUUGAGAUAAUCGCGAAACGGUUUGAAAAGAUGCGGAGCCUAUUUUUCAGCUACGUUUUCAUGGACGUCGCCAUUGUUCGAUCGUAAGGUCCCAAUUAGGCAAGGCCUUAAACUUGUUUAGAUAUAUUUCUGGGCCUAGCUGAAGGCAAAUAACGCUACCUCGGCGUCUGAAAAUGAACGUUUUUAUUGUUUCACUAAAAUAAUAGCACAUUACAAAGGCUUCCAUGAAAAGCUAAAUCAAAGUAUAAAUGGACCUUGUUGUAAAAGUUGUCCAAACUAAGAGUACUGUAAGUUUUAGCUCGCCAAUGUGACGCUGGAGUCUGAAAACUCAAUACUCUCUCCUCCUCGAAGUCGCUUCAAUCUUUUUUCGUUGGUCUCGAAAAUAGGGAGCUUAAGCAACGAGGACGUUGACUAGAACAGAAGUUAAUUUGCGUCCUUUCAUAACUUUAUUGCGUCUAUUUAGACCCACUCAAGUUGUCAACUGCAGGCGAUUUUUCUUGGGGUGAAAUUGGUAAAGACUUUAUCCAGGUUUAAAAAGAGAAUGGAAAAAUCGUCGUCGUACGUUCACCUCCUCCAUGAAACGUCGCAUUAGGAGGUUUCACGUCGUAGUCGUGCAGUGGACGUCAAAGAAAUAUACUGAAAAGCGUGAUGCACGUGUAGAGCUUUUGUCUUGCUCAUAAAACCUCCUUUUUUGACGUUAGGUCGUUGUCGUGGCUGCUUAAGCAGGUAUGGUUUUCAGUCGAAAAUUCGCACGUUUUUCUUUGCCAAAACGUUUCGAAUCUCGUUCAGUCCAGUCUCGUCCUUUAAAAAACUGUGUUUUGCCUGCCAGCAAGCCCUCCAUUUACGACGCGAAGCAAACUGCGAGAGAAAACUCGAGCGAGCGGCUCGCGCGACCUCUCGCGACUUCCUGAAAUUGAAAACUUGCUUGCUGACUAUGUACAUACUUAUGAUAACUUUCUUUUGCGUGUGGAGGACGGCGGGAACGAAAAUGGGGAGAGAACGAGAAGCUCUCGGUCUUUGUCCUCCCCGACACCCGCUUCCCAGGACCUUGCCCGUAGGCCGGGGGGGGCGGGACUGCCAUAUAUGGGCUAUAUAGGUAUGUGCCGCGGUGAAGGGUAUGAUUUUCAAGCAGUUUACUCUAGGAUAGGGUAUAUAAAUCAGAGCGUUUGGGUCUAGAAUAGGGUAUCAUUUUUCAGGAAACUGAUCAGUUGGUUGAAGAUUUUAUCUAGCCUAGGGAAACAGCUACUCUAGGAUAGGGGGUAUUUGGGGAGUUUACUCUAGAAAAGGGUAGCAAAAUUCAGCUGAACUAGCUCUGGUAUAGGUUAAGGGUUCCAGGGUCCCAGCGGCACAUCCCCACCCAGAAAUUCCUAAAGUACCCCCCUCCCCCCCCCCGGGCCCGCAGGCCAAUCUCUUUACGGUGGCCAAUCAGUUUUUUUUCUAUCAUCGCAGUUGUGGUGUUUGUUUAUCAACAUUUGUUUGUUUUCGCAGAGGACUAUUUCAAUUUGGAGCACGAGUCCAUAGAGAAAGAUGUACAAGAAAAGGAAAAUAAGCAAGAAAACACCAGCUCACAAGCGCGGGCAAAAAGGCAUAUCGGCGUACCAGAUCACGGCGGGUAUCAAAGAUUGAUGGCCACCGGAAGUAUAGUGACGUCACUUGGGGAGGAAAAUAACACAGGACCUGCUGAUUCAAUUGAUAUUGUUUUCACUACUUAUUGGCAGUAUCCAGCAAAAGUCAGGAUUAUUCUGCCUGAGGAUAAGGCUUGUAUUGAGGACUUCAGAAAACGUCAUAACAUAACAGGUAAACUAACAACGAGUAGCUCAAGAAACAACGACGGCGGCGGCUACAAAAAAGUCACUUCAAAAGUGAGUUCGCGCUGCUCCAAACUUUAUCACACUUAUGCCAUCUCGUUCAAUUCGAAAUGUUGGCUAACGUGACUGGGGUUGAAUUGUUGAAGAGUGUAUCGUAGUUCAGAAAAAGGAGAAGAAUGUCGUUGUCUUGUCUUCAACAAAACGUGAAAUUUGGCACUUUCACGUCGUAAUCGUGCAGAAAAGGCAAAGAAAUGUGCAAAAAAGCGUGCGUGCACGUGCAAAGUUGUUGUUUUGCAAAUCUAACCUUUUUCAUUUUGCCCUUCUCGUUGCCGUCACUGUCGUAGUUACUUAAGCUUCCUAAAUAUGACUUACCAUAUGUCCUCGAAUAAACGCCUGGGCGCUUAUUUAAAUUUUUCCUAAAUGGAGGGUCGUUAAUUUGAAGUAGGGCGCUUAAUCGAGGGGGGGGGGGGGCGCUUAUAAAGUUUUCCUUUCAACGAGCUGUAACGUUAUUUUGGCUAUAUCUUUUUAGAGGAUAACAAAAACUACAACAAUAAUUGUUAAAUUGAAGUGAAUGAUGCUGUAUUCAAGAUGUAAUGUGAAUAAAUAACUUUGACCAGUUGAAAAAUACGUGAAUUAUUAUUAUUAUUAUUAUUAAAAUAAUUAUUAUAAUUAUUAAUUAAUUAUUAUAAUUAUUAUAAUUAUUAUCCACGUAAAUGUUUAGUCAAUUUUUAAUGUUUCGUUUGUUAAAACAGAGGGUCCCCAAUAGGGUUUUUCUAUCCCGUAAUCCCGACCCAAAUUUUCGGGCAAUCCCGUAAUCCCGUAGGUUACUUUUGGCAUCCCACCUCCCGCGCAUACUUUCAAUCCCAAAUCUCGCCCCGAUUUCCCUUUAAAAUUCCGAAUCCCGAGCCUCAAAUAAGGGAAAUCCCGCAUCCCGAAAAACCUAUUGGAGACCCUCAAAACAGUGGUUGGUAAUCAAGAAGACCGUAGUCCUUUUAUACAAGACGUAUUGGUAUCCAAGUCUAUCAAAUUUCGAUUAUCUCAUCAAUUAAGUGGCAAUAGAACAAGACUUCCCUUGUAUCCUUACUCUUAAAGAAAUUGGGGAGGAGGGGAGGGGAGCGCUUAUUCGAGAGGGGCGCUUGUGUGAUGUUAUGGUCUAGGGGAUAGACGCUUAUUAGAGCGUGGGCGGCUACUUUUGCGUGUCGAUCGCGCGUAGCUCCUCGCGGUAUAACCUUGAAAUAUUCCUGGCCUUCAACAGUUUUUCUAUGAUUUUUUUUUAGAAGAAGAAUCUGACAGUGACACUCUUGCGUGGAGAAAUUACAAAGCUGGAAUAUUUGAUGCUGGAGAUGCAGCAGUGAACGAAUGCCUAAAGAACAAGCAAAAACCAGACAAGGGCAAUAUUUUCAUCAGUCAGCACGACUUUGAUGUGUAUAAAAUACACUUUGGCAGUUUGUCGGUGUAUCGUUUCACUCUGAAGUGCAAGUGUAAUAAUCUGUCGUCCUCUCAACGGUGUAGCAGAUUCUUGCCUUUUUCCCAGCAGAGUUGGGGUGGAUACAUGGGCACCCUGACGAAUAGUUAUUUUGUUCCAAGAAAAAGACCUUAGGGUGGGAUAGUGGUGGCCAUAUUGUGUUUACCCUUGAGACUGGGUCGGUGUUGUGUCGAAUUGCACCAUGGGAUUGUUUGAGGGCGGGGAUUAUGACAUCGUUUCCAGGGUAACUUCAUAAUCACCAAUUUGCCACUUUAUAAGCGAGGAGACUGGACCGAGUUAACCUUUGCAAGGACUUCUGGGACUGUUACUUGAGACAGUGAAAAAAUUGGCCAAUAGCUGACCGUUGAUUCCCCAGUAACGAUCCCAGGAGUCUUUUACAUUUUCGCAUUUUUAUAAGGUUAGCAUUAGGUAACAUCGGCUGAAGUCAGAUUGUUUCUUUACUGUGUAAUAUAAAAUGAAAUAGAAUAAAUCCACUGUAAUGCUUUGAACCAGGGUCACUUGCUUUAGAGCCUACAUCCAUGUCCACUACACCAUCGAGGACUAGCUGCCAAAUCCAAUAAUUUUUAAAAUAUACAUGUUCUUAUGCCGUACCCCAUUACAAUAUUUGAAAGCUAACCGUUUUCAGUUCAGUGCUUAACCCAAUCACUGCAGAUCAGUGCUUAACUCUCUACUGUGUUCUCUCCAUAACUGGCACUCUGUAGUUUUGGUUUCUUCAGCUAUUCUAGCCUCAUUCUACAUUCCAGUCUCGUUCCAUUAUGGAAAUAAUGCAUUGUGUAAAAUUCAUAAGGUGUCCAAUCUGGCUUCACUCGAUGUUAUCUAACGUUAACCUUUUUAUAAAGUACAUUCUGUUUAGUUAGGAAAUGGCAGUGUCAAUGACGAGUCAGUUUAAACUGCAUGAAACUGGAAGUCUUUGACCCCGAAAUGCAGCAAAACGUAGUAACUUUAUACCUUUUAUGAAAUCAUUGGACACUUGACUUUCCACGUAACCCGGCCCGCCAGCUGAGGCUGCCUUUUCGAGAUAUGUCUCGGCGUGCAGAAAGUACGCAUCCUGGAAAAGUCGCCUCUACUAGCAGGCUAAUUUCCGUGGAAACCCUCUUUUGUUUUCGUUUUGCAUCGUAUGGGAUUUACUGAUUUUAUCAUACUCUUCUUUGUAAUGACACUGCAUUAUAAAUAUUACCCGAAGAAACGUUCGUAAAUUUUUAAGGGCUAAGGGUUGUCAAAAUAAAUGUCUCUAUUUAACAGUU